AAGAAAGACAUGAACAUCUUGGAUGACAUGGGGGUGAGUAAUUAAUCAGGAAAUUUUCAUUUGAAAGUGAACUAAUCCUUUAAUGAUGGCAUACUUUUAAGUAUUAAAUUAAAACCGUCAGUAGGUGGUGGUAAAUCACAGUCUUAAUGAGCGAGUCAUUCAUUCGAAGCAACUAGCUGUAUUUAUGAAUGAAUCAUUGAAUGAAUGACUCUCAUGAUUCGUUCAAAGCUGAAGAAUUGUUCACGAAACACUGAUGUGUGUGUAAUUUAGACACGUGCAUUAUUGUGAAACGAUUUUGUAAAAGAUCUGUUAUUAAUAUCCUUAAGUCGAUCAUCAUUAUCUCAAUCACUUACUGCUGUUUCCUCUUUUCCUCACCUUCUUGCUUUCUUUUUCUCUUCUGCCUACCAGACGUCCUCUUCAUGUUUAAUAAAUGGAAUUAGGUAUUUUAAUGUAAGUAAGCCCCGCGCCAGAUUGAAAGCGGAGGCAAAAGCAUAAACAACGUAACGAGAGAGGGGGAUGCAGAGAUGUCGCUGCGUGUUAUAUUGAUAUUAACAUUUAUGAUUGUUUAAAUGAUCAGCCCUCGGGGGCCCCAGGCAAUUGCCUGCCUUGGCUGCCCUAUUGCUACGCCUCUGGCGCACACCUCCGGCGCACACCUCCUGUUGUCGUCACUGACCAGGUGUUUUGCAGCUGGAGCAAACUUUUCUUGACAGUUUCGAACUCUCAAAACGAACUUCGUUUUAGCCUGAUUUUGUUCGAAAUGACGUCACAUCACUUCGUUCUUCGAUUUCGUUUGAAGUAUAUCGAGGCUUUAACGGUUCCAGCUCGUUUAGUCCGUCAUUGCUUACACAAACCUGGUGUUCGGAUGUACUGUGGGUCCCCGCAGGUGGUUACGGGAUCAGGUGUUCGCACCGUGGACCUCCGCAGCGACACCGUAGGUGUCCGCAGCGAAACCUGGAGCAGCCAUGCGCCGAGCCAUAGCAGAGGCAAAGGACGGAGACGAUGUGUUCAAAGAAGACCCUACUGCUGAUGAACUGCAGAAAAUAGCUGCUGAUAUGUUUGGUAUGGAAGCAGCUCUAUUUGUCCCCACAGGAACCAUGGGUAACCUGAUUGCAGUUAUGGUUCACUGCAGAGAGAGGGGUGAUGAGAUGAUAGUAGGUGAUCUCUCUCAUAUUCAUAUUUAUGAGCAAGGAGGAAGUGCACAGCUAGCAGGCGUCCAUUCUGCAACAGUCACCACCCUUGGCGAUGGCACCUUUGACCUAGACCAGCUGAUCUCCAAGAUCCGUCACGAUUACCCUAACCCACACUACCCACGCUCCCGCCUGGUUUGUGUGGAAAACACGCACAAUAUCCAGGGAGGGCGCGUCCUCCCACUCUCCUUCCUGCAGGAGCUUCGCUCUGUGGCUGAUAAGUUUGGUUUGGCUGUCCAUAUGGAUGGAGCGAGGGUGAUGAAUGCAGCCGUGGCUCUGGCCGUACAGCCCUCUGUUAUACUGCAGCACUGCCACUCUGUCAGUGUGUGUCUGUCCAAGGGACUCGGGGCACCUGUGGGCACCAUGCUAGGUGGGUCAAAAGAUUUCAUACAGAGAGCAGUACGUGCCCGCAAAGCACUUGGCGGAGGAAUGCGCCAAGUGGGUGUCUUAGCAGCAGCUGGUAAGAUUGCCCUGUCAGACAUGAUUGGCAGACUGGAGGAGGACCACAGGAACGCCAGACGUUUUGCUCAAGCGCUGUUACAGUGUGACCCUCCUCUGUACCAGGUGGAUCUGAGCACUGUGGAAACCAACAUUUUGAGGAUCUGCCUGCGGGACGACCAAAUGAGCCCAGCGGAGUUCUGCGAGCGGAUGGCAGCUGUAGAUGAAGAGGAGGUGAAGGCUCUGGGACAGGGGGUCCAGGUUCUGAUGUUCCCUCAUAUCGGGGGCACAGUUAGGGCUGUGUGGCAUCUGGACAUCAGCGAGGAAGACACUCAGCUGGCUAUACAGAAGGCUCAGUUUGUGGCCCAACAGCACAAGCUCAAGUCUAUGAGGGCAGCAUGAGAACAGCUAAUCACGGGUGUCUUUACACCAGUCUUUUUGUCUCAGGGACCAUUUAAAAACUGUAAAACUGCAAAAACAAGCAUAAUUAUAUUAACUUUUUUGCACUCCUGGUUGACAGCCAACAUUCACCCACUUAAUUCAGCAGUGAGAGGUAUAGUACGCCCACUUAGUGUGUAUACACACACACACACACACACACAUUUAAUGGUUUCUCACAAUAAACUAUUGUGAUUGACAUUUGAAUCUUGUUUAACUGCAUACUUUGAGCACCAGAUGCAGUUUAAGGACUUAUACAUUAUAGGCAGUUUUUAUUGUUUUUAUCAUUGUGUUAUAUAAGAGUUCCCCAUAAGGAUGAGACGCAUUCAGUGUAGAGACGGAUCGUCAUGACGACAAAGCAGCGAUUUACUGCAGUGGAUAUCACGAUGGGCUCAGGGCCACUAUCUAGUCGUGGCUGAUAACACAGUUAACUUUAUUACUACAGCAUGCAGGAGGAAUGAAAUGACUGUUGUAUGUCAUUUUAAAAUUAAAAGGAAUAAAAAGUUACAUUUUGCUUAAAGAUAAUGAAGAUUGAGACCCAUUAAGGUUUUUUUUUUUUUUUUUUGACUUUAGUUUAAUGACAGUUGACUUUCUUGUUCUUAUAUUCUCAUUACCAUAAUGUAAAAAAACUAUAUGAAAUUCUAAAGUAUGUAACAUCAUUGAAGUACAGUGGGCUCCACAAAUAUUGGCACGCUUGGUAAAUAUGAGCAAAACUGACUGUGAAAAUUUCAUAGUCUUUAAUUCAAAAUAUUCUCAAAAAACCUAACCUUUCAUUGAAGUUAAUUCACACAAAAUAUAAAUGUGGAAUAAAUUUUGUUUUCUCCAAAAUAUGUGUGCCGAAAUUAUUGGCGCCCCUACAAAUUUUAAUGAGUAAAAAUCGAACUGAUGUGUAUUCCCAUUCAUAUACAUUGGUUUAGUGAUCGGGAACACUUAAGUCAUGACCUGUUCCACUGGGCUCUCAAUAUAAAGUGACACACAGGCCAAAUUCUUAUAGUCAUACACCUCUGUGGGAAAGACCUGAGAAUACAGUAAUGAAGUGUGACAAAAGUAGUGGCGUAAAGUGUUUGAGUAAAUAUAAUUAGUUACCAUACUUUAUCUAUUUGGCUACUUUGUAGUUGUAUUAUCAAAGAUAUUAGCAACUUUUACUCUUCAGCUGACUACAUUUUUGACUAUGUAUAUGUACAUUUUACUCCAAUACAUUUCUGAUGAGUAAUGCAAUUGUCUACAUUUUGCAUGGCACCUAACUUUUUUCUGCAGUAGUUUUUCUACUACAAAAGAAGUGAUAUCGCCAUCUACAGGGCAUUGAAGGUACUAUAUCUUGUGCGUUUUGCCCUUACUCAUUCAAACUUGUCAACGAAGCUACUUUACGCGAAUGUGAGUGAGUGCAUUAGCAAGUAGUUGCUGAAUCACUCAUUUCAUAUAUGAGAUGAGGACAUGGCUGCAGCUGCUGAUGAGGCCAAAACCAGCAAGUCCAGUGCAAGUAGGCUUUGACUAUUUACUUUUACUUUACAUUAUAUUAUUUAGCUGUUAUACUGAAGAGACCUUUUCGAGGAUAUUGAUUUACUUAUUCUCUUUUUGAGCAGCUUAACUGUAGACGUUGAAGAGGCGGUUUAUGUCAACAUUGAUUUAUUGCAAUUUUAAUGCGUUCCGUUUUAUUUUGGUUUUAGAAAAUAAAUGUGAUUUCUCCUUUAUUGGCCCAAACUGUGUUGGACCAACUCAAUUUAAUUGGACCAAACUGAGUUGGACCAAGUGUGCUGCAUGUGGUUGCAUAAAUACCCUAUACAACAGAGUGCAUAUAUGAGAGAAAUAUCUCAUGCUGGAAAAAUACUGCCUUUAUGGAGUGAGCCACGAGGCCACACCAACGGAACAUUAAUUUUAGCCUUGUGUGGUCUGCUAGGGCUCUGAUGGGGCCGUGUACGAUUGAUGGGGUGGACUAAUCAGCUACUUAUGGAGGAGGCCACAAAAACAGAUUGGCUCCAACAGAAAUUCAAAAUUAUUCAGUGAGGGCUUGAGUGCUAUUACUGGACUCAAUGUAUUCAUCUAAGAGAUGUCAAAAAUAGGCAUGGUAACAAAACAAUUUAUAGGUUGUGAAUAAUUCAACAAAAAACAUUUACAUUUGUUUUGGAUGCAGUACUGCUUUCAAACCAGCCUGGUCUUAAAGUGAAUUCUCUGUAAUUUACUCAAAUAAUAAUAAUGCAAAUUAACAAUAAUCAGUUUCAGUUUGGAAAGAAGCACCAAGACCAAUAUUUUGCUUGAAUCAAAAAAGGUAGUUUCAUCACUCACUUGUUCAAUUUUCUUUCUACACCUGAAAAUGAACUUGAAUGAUUCUGAUUUCUUGCCUCUGCAAGAGCUUGUCUCCCUCUGAGAGGGUUAAAGUAGACCCCUGACGUCUAUUGUUACUGUUAUCCUGCAUAGAAAAAAAAAAAUUAAACCCACUGCUGCGCUCUUAAUACAUUACAAUCUUUAUGAUUCAUAAAUUCAGCCAAGUGUGCCAAAAGCACCUUAAUUUAUUGACUGUCAUGACCGUGAGUCACAUGUGUUCUUCUGUUGUUUAAAGCUGUUUCUGUGUGUAAUCAAAAUUAGGGCAUAUACUAAGAAUUAAAAAUUUUACAGUUGUCCCUGA